UAAAAAUUCAGAAAAAGCUAGAAUGACUUUAAGUACCUGUGGUCAAGUUGUUGUUCAGAUUGGCUAUUUCAAUUUGCAUCUCCGUGGACAAGAAUCACUUGCAUCACUAUUGUUGUUAGGUGCCUUCAAGUCAGUUUCCACUCAUAGGGACCCUGUAUGAACAAGAGAAUCAGACACUGCCUAGUCCUGCUCCAUCCUCACAAUCAUUGCAAUGUGUAAGCCCAUUGUUGCAGCCACUGUGUCAAUCCAUCUCACUGAGGGUCUUCCUCUUAUUUUCCCUGACCCUGUACUUUACCAAGCAUGAUGUCCUUCUCCAGGGACUGGUCCCUCCUGAUAACAUGCCCAAAGUAUGUAAGAUGAAGUCUUGCCAUCCUUGCUUCUAAGGAGCAUUCUGGCAUGCAUAGGAGGCGAUUGAAGAUACACCUGGUUUGGGCCAGGUACACCUUAAAAAAGCGACACCUUUGCUUUUAAAGACUUUAAAGAUUUUAAACACUUUAAAGAGGUCUUUUGCAUCAAGUUUGCCCAAUGCAAUAUGUUGUUUUCUUGACUGCUGCUUCUGUGGUGUUGAUUGUGGAUCCAAAUAAAAUGAAAUCCUGGACCGCUUCGAUAUUUUCACUGUUUAUCGUGAUGUUACUUAUUGGUCCCGACAUGAGGGUUUUUGUUUUUUUAGAAUAUUAAGGUGUAAUCUGUACUGGGGCCCUGGUGGUUCAGUGGUUAAGAGCUUGGCUGCUAACCUUGUUCAAAUCUACCAGCCAUUCCUUAGAAACCUUGUGGGGCAGUUCUACAACCCUGGUGGCGUAGUGGUUUAAGUGCUGCAGCUGCUAACCAAAAGGUUGGCAGUUUGAAUCCCCCAGGCACUCCUUGGAAACUCUGUGGGGCACCCCUACUCUGUCCUGUAGGGUCGCUAUGAGUCGGAAUUGACUUGACGGCAACCGGUUUUUUUUUUUUUUUAUGAGUCGGAAUCGACUGAAGGCUGUAGUCUUUGAUCUUCAUCAGCGAGUGCUUCAAGUCCUCUUUGCUUUCAACAGGUAAGGUUGUGUCAUCUGCAAAUCGAAGGUUGUUAACGAGUCUUUCUCCAACCCUGAUACCAUGUUAUUCAUGUGUUCCAGCUUCUAGGAUUCUUUGUUCAGCAUAUAUAUAAAGUAUGGCCUAAGGGUUACCCAACUCAAGUUCUGUGUUUGGGCCUGAUGAGACUUUCGCCAGUAGAGACAACACCAGGGUGAGGAACAAAGAGGAUUUAUUCCGAGGUUGUGCACAAGCUGAGGCAGAGGAAUGCAGUCCUUAGAUUCUGGCUUUUUGGGUUACUCAGAUCGUAUUUUUUAUGCUCUGAGGAAGGAGGAAGUUCUUAGCAAAUCACAACUACAGGUUUCUACAUUUUCUAACAUACUAUGUGCAAGCGCAGUGCAAUCCUAAUCUCAUUAUAAUGUUAGCAUGUCUCUUUAUCCUGUUAGGUCUCUGCCUAGGGGAGUGAUUUUUACUAUGUUAAAACCAAAAACCAAACCCAACCCAUUGCCCUCCAGUUGAUUCUGAUUCCUAGCAACCCUAUGGGACAGAGUAGAACUGCCCCAUAGAGUUUCCAAGGAGCGCCUGGUGGAUUCAAACUGCUGACCUUUUGGUUACCAGCCGUAGCAUUAACCACUCAACCGCCAGGGUUUCCAACACAUGGUCACAAAUCUUUUGACAUACCUGUCACCAAGAACUCAUUGCCAUUGAGUCGACUCCGAUUCCAUUGAGUCGAUUCCAACUCAUAGUGACCCUGUGAGCCCUUUUUCUAACCUUUGGGCUCAAGAUUAUGGUGCAAGGGUUAAUGUUUGACACUCGGUCUCUUGUAAUUAAUGUUCUGAAAGGUUAACAGAAAGUUGCUGUUCUUAGCAAGUAUUAUGUAAACUAGGCUGUUUCAGGAUGUACUGAUGGUAUCAAAAGGGUACAACUCUGACACACAUCUUUCCUGAUUUUAAACCAUGCAGUAUCCCAGUGUCCUGUUUGAAUGACUGCCUUUUGGUCUACGUACAGGUUCCUCGUGAGCACAAGCAAGUGUUCUGGAAUUCCUGUUCUUCACAAUGUUAUCCAUAAUCUGUUACGAUCUGCAAAGUCGAAUGCCUUUGCGUAGUCAAUAAAACAUUGUUAGAUUUCUACAAUUGACUGAGUUGUAAACUGCUCUAAGACAAUGAAAGGUUGUCAUCACUACUAUUCUGUGGAACUGUCAUCACCCUUUCACUUUUCAUCCUGACCCAUAACACAUUUAAAGCCUCUAGCUCAUUGUGUGGUUUCUGUUGAAAGAAUGAAAACAGGAUAAUUGAGAACUUAUGGUAUUUCUGUAGAGCUGCAAUCCCCUGGGUAGGGACUAUAUCUAGAUUCACCUUUGUUUUCUUGUGCCUUGGACAGUGCUUGGGAGUAGUUUUAAUAGAUGAUCAGUAAUUAUUUGAUUGAUUGGAACUCUGUAAUUAUUUGGUUGUUUGGAACUGUGUUCAAGUAUGUUCUAAUUCUACCCUAUCUGGAACAUGUAUAGGAGAAGAAAAUAGAUUUAUUUUGUUUACAUUGUUAUUUAUUGUAUGUUUUCAGACUGGUGUAUUCUAAACAUGCAAACUGGUGUCUUUACAAAUGGCCGUAUUAGCGUUUUCUUUCAUAGUCCAAAUUGCAAGUCUAGCUAAAUAAAAAUCUGCUCUAUUGUAAUAGCAAAUGUGAUUUUAUUGUGUGCAGACUUAAGGUGUUAUUAAGGUAUGCUGUUUCUCACCGUGCAUGGUGGGUUUUACACAUGAUAAAGCCGGCUAGCAUAUUCAUUUACAUUACAGCUAGAAUAAUCCAUUGCUUUAAAAACAUCUGUUUUCAUCUGCAUUUUAGAUUUAGUGUUCAACAAAAAUUUCUUCUUAAAUAACUGGGAAAAAAUGUGCAGGAGGGAACGUAGACUGUAAAAUGAAGAAGAAGCUUAGCUUUACGGUAGAGUCUGAGCUUGGGUGUAACCUAACUAGCUAGAGGAUAUGCAAUUCCUGAUUGACAGGAGGACCAGCAUUAUGCAGAUUCUGUAGGAGAGAGCUGCUGCUCAGAACAGUGAUUAGAGGCUCUGUUAGGAAUCUGUUCAUUCACCACUCAGAUCUUUAGGUUUUUAUUUCUCUGUCUAGUGGAUUUAUAAACAGAUAGCACAGAACAGUGCCUCUUUUGUUUUUAUUAAAGUAAUACUGUAGUGUAGUUUCAGUCUAUCAGCUAGGCAUACAUGUGUAGAAAUCUGAUAUUCUCCUUAAAUUAGCUAAUUUUUAGCUGUGUUCCAUGCUUAUCUCCAGACCUUUGUGUAUUAAAUCUUAUCUCGAGCUGUUCUCUUUAUAUACAAGUGUGUUUUGCUUGUGCCUUCCUGUCUUCUUCAGUGAGAAGCUUUAUGUAGGUCAGGCUUGGCUUAAGCAGAUUUCCUGAACCUGCGUCAGCUUAAGCUGGAGGAAUUUUAAUAAACCCUCCCCUGUAGGCGUGGGCCUAAAUGAGGCUAGCCUAGUUAAGCCUGAUCUUUUUCUGUUUGUGAAAAUAGCUGAGCAGAGCUGGAGGCUGCAUGGUGGUUUCAGAAACUGCCUAUUUAAUUUGAAAAGAACAAUGGUAGGAAAGGCUAGAUCUUCCAAUUUUACCUUAUCUGAAAAGCUUGAUUUGCUAAAGCUUGUGAAGCCAUAUGUUAAAAUUCUUGAACAACACACUAAUAAACAUUCAGUAAUAGUGGAAAAGAAUAGAUGUUGGGAUAUCAUAGCAGUUAACUAUAAUGCAAUUGGAGUAGACCGUCCUCCUCGAACAGCGCAGGGCCUACGCACCCUUUACAAAAGGCUCAAAGAAUGUGCCAAACAGGAGCUAUUGCAGCAAAAAGAGACCCAAUCAGAUUUUAAAAGCAAUAUUUCUGAGCCAACCAAGAAAGUUAUGGAGAUGAUACCCCAGAUUUCCAGUUUUUGCCUGGUAAGAGACAGGAACCACAUACAAAGUGCAAACUUGGAUGAGGAAGCACAGGCUGGUACCAGUUCACUACAGGUAAUGUUGGAUCACCAACCUGUUGCUAUUACAGUGGAGGUGAAGCAAGAAGACGUUAAACCACCUCCACCACUGGCUUUAAAUUCUCAACAGAGUGAUGAUACUUUAGAGCAAAGAGAAGAACAUGAAUUAGUACAUGUUAUGGAAAGAUCUUUGUCGCCAUCUCUGUCCUCUGUUGACAUGAGAAUGACAUUGUCUCCAUCUUCUAUUCCAAGGAGAGAUGAAUUUUUUCGACAAGAGAGUGGAGAACACUUUAGAUCACUUUUAGGGUAUGAUCCUCAGGUUCUGCAAAUGCUGAAAGAGGAGCAUCAGAUAAUCUUAGAAAAUCAAAAAAAUUUUGGAUUAUAUGUUCAGGAGAAGAGGGAUGGAUUGAAAAGAAGGCAACAGCUACAGGAAGAACUGCUAAGAGCAAGAAUUGAAGUGGAGAGGCUGAAAGCAAUUCGCUUACGGCAUGGUCUGCCAGAGUAUAAUGGUCUCUAAAAUUUUUUUGAACCUUGCAAUUUAAUAGUUUUAAUUUUUCAGAGUAUCCUAAAGCAAAAUGCAUAUUCUUGAAAAAUGUUGUUACUUCUAUUAAUGAAAAACUUUGUUGAUGUGAGUUUUUACUAAGUUUUCCUUUGAGAUAUAUUCAAAUUUACUUUUUGGUUGACACGGUUAUAUAUUUAAUUUGUCUUCCUCUCAUUUUUCUUUUUCUAAGAAGUUUAAUUGUUGUCUUUAUAAAAAGAUAAUUUCUCAUUAAAAUACAGCAUGUUGCUGUUGUUGUGUGCCCUUGAGCUGAUUGCUACUCAUAGUGACCCUGUAAGACAGAGUCAGACUGCCCCAUAGAAUUUCCUAGACUGUGAUCUUUAUGGGAGCAGAAUGCCAGAUCUUUUCUCCCACAGAGUGGCUGGUAGGCCGACUUUUAGUUAGCAUCCAAGCACUUAACCAUCACACCAUCAUGAGACCUUAAAAAUUUAACAUAUACAUACACAUUUACAAGCACAUAUUCUUUGUAUUCUUUGUAAGUUCUAAGUCUCCAGCAUUUUAAAUUAGAGCUUUGAAAACUAAAGGUUUUUAAGUCAGUCUGAUAUGAAAGCUGUGCUAACCGAAUAACAAGAAGCUUGUCUGUAUGACUUUGAUUUUUUUUUUUUUUUAAUAUGUUUUCAUCUUUGGAGGAGUAGUCCUAGGAUUUUAGAGAUGGAAGGUAUUUGGAGACCACUUUUUUUCCCGUCUUUUCAAUUUAAAGGUAAUGAAACUAAGGUCCAGAGAGAAGUCAGUGACUUAUAAUGGAAUAACAAAGCUUUUUAUGGCAGAGCAAUGACCAGCACUCAGCAUUUCUGGCUGUCUGUAAUUUUCCCCCUUGCUAUUUUUUUUUUUUAUUAUUCCGUAGAGGAGCCCUGGUGGCACAGUGGUUAAGAAUUUGGCUGCUAACCAAAAGGUCAGCAGUUUGAAUCCACUAAGCUGGUCCUUGGAAACCCUAUGGGGCAGUUGUACUUUGUCCUGUAGGGUCGCUAUGAGUCAGAAUCGACUCAGUGGCAGUUUGGUUUGGUUUUUUUAUCCCAUAGAGGCAGAAAUGCUCCAUUCUCUAGAUUUAAAAACUAAAAAUAUUUAUUUUAUUAGAAUUGCUGUAAAAGAUUGUUAGAUUUGAUCAGGGGAAUUCUAUCAAUUUCCCUAAUCUUCCCGUCCCUUUUUUUGGCCAGCAAAAUAAGAUACAAUAUUCUAAUGGAGCUUAUGUGAUUUUAAAAUAUGCCUUAAUUUAAGUGUCUUAUCCUAAAGAUUUCUUUCAUAGUAAAAAUCAGAAUGGACAAAAUUAAAAUUUUGCUUAGAAUGAAAAUUUCCAAAAACAUACUAUAUACGUUUAUAAUUUAUGGUACAAUUUGUUGCUUUUAUGUUUAUUUUUGUAAAUAGUGCGAUUUUGGUAUUUGUGGAAAUAAAUAAAACCUUGACUGUUAAAAUACACAACUUUAUGUUAAAUCUUUAGUAUGUAUAUUCCUUAAGGAUUUCUAUUUUUGUUGGGGCUUCAUCGAAAAAGGCUUUUAAGUAGAAUUUCAGCAAAGGAUCCCUGCUGGUACAACUGUUAAGGCUCAGGGUUUGAACCCACCUAACGGCUCUGUGAGAGAAAGACCUGGCAAUCGGGUCCUAUUAAGAUGACAGCCUAGGAAACCCUCUAGAGCAUUUCUACUGUGUCACAUGGGUUUGCUAUGAGUUGAAAACUGACUCGACAGUGCCUAAAAGCAACAGAAUUUCAGCAGUAUAGGAAGAAAGGGUGUUUGAAGUCAGAGUGAACAAUUUAAAAAAAGGCAUAGAGAUGGGGAAAAGUGGGUCAGGGUGUACAAGCAAAAUACAGUGCUCAGUCGGGUGAUUUGAGUGUGGAGAAUAUCAACGAGGGCUGUGGUAACCUAGACAUCUCCCCUGUCUAAAUAAGGUGUACCUGUUUAGCUCCAGCUGAGUUUUUAUAUGCAGGAAUAAGCCAGAAAUCUGAAUUUUUUGUUAAGUUUUCUAGGUCUUAAAUGUUUCAAAUUAACGUGUUUUCAAAAUACUAGAUAGACAAAAUCUUUGAGUGAGCCUCAUUCAGCCAGUGGGCUUCCAGUUUUGUGACCUCUGGACUAUAGAAAUGUUCUCAAAGUGUAGAUCCUGACCAGCAACCUCAGCAUCACUUGAUAACUGUUUAGAAAUGUAAAUUCUCAGGCCUCACCCGUUUCAUGCAGAAUCAUAAACUAGGGGUGGGGUUUAGUAAUCUGUGUUUUAAACUCUCUCAAUGAUUCUGGUGCAAGAUAAAAUUUGAGAACCACUGGAAAAAAGUAUUUUGGAAUAUAGGUUGGUACCUAAAUCAUACUAGAUUCUCAGAUUUUUUAUUGAAGAGUGAGUGAAGGUGAGUUGAGAGUAUAAAUUUGAAAGUUGGUUGGUGCCAGAUUAUGUAUUACAUUAAAUGCUAGUUUUAAAGUCAGAUUUAACUGAAUGUGCAAUGGGAAACCAUUGAAAGCUUUUGAUUAGGGGAAUGAUGUGAUUAGAGGCAUGGUAUAGGAAGAGAGUUAGCAGCACUUGGAGGUGACAUUAUAGUGAGGAAAUUAAAUUCAAAAUUUAGGUUAUGGUUAUAGAAGAAAAUUCAAAGGUGAAGUUGACUUUUAUGGUACUGUUUUAGCUUGUUGACUGCCUAAUUGGUUAAAGGAAAAAAAAACUGGCAUUUUAUAUUCUUCAUUAGAGUUAAAAUUUCUAUUAUAAAAAUGCCUUGAAUAUGUAUUUAUCAUUUUAUCUUCUCUCUUUAAUCUGUUAUGACUUCUCUUUGAGUCUAAUGAAUUUUAUAAUUCUAAUUGGAGAAGAUGUUUUACAGCAUAAUUCUAUUAAAUGCAUCUUUACAAUAGUGAGCUUUAACUUGAAAGCAAAUUAUUGUACGAAAUGUACUUCAUAUUACAGUCUCAGCAUGCUGCUAUGAAUUGAUAAUGUUCAUUUUGAAUGUUGACUUUGUAUAGCUAAGUCAAUUUUUCCAACUGUGUUCUAUGGAACAUGAAUUCUGUGAGAUAUUUCUAGGGAAGAGUUUUGUGUUCAAAAAAGUACAUCUGUUUUUGGUAACUAAGUUCUAAAAUCAGGAUAAAAAAAAAAAGGAUGGAAGGUAAAAAUUAUGUAUGAACAAAAUUGCCUUUGAAAAUCCUCUUCCCCACAAAAUAAUGCAAACAUAGUCUGCUACAGUCAUAUUCUUCUCCAGUAUUGUUCAAGAUUGUUGUUUCUUUGGUUGUAUUAGGUGACAUAAUUCACUAGCAUUUAGGGGCUGUAUAGAGUUUUUGAAUAUUUAUGCCAUAUUUAUGCCUAUUCCCAAGAAAGGUGAUCCAACCGAAUGUGGAAAUUAUAGAACAAUAUCAUUAAUAUCACAGGCAAGCAAAAUUUUGCUGAAGAUCAUUUAAAAAUGGCUGUAGAACUGCCAGAAAUUCAGGCCGGUUUCAGAAGAGGAUGUGGAACCAAAGAUAUCAUUGCUUAUGUCAGAUGGAUCCUGGCUGAAAGCAGAGAAUACCAGAAGGAUGUUUACCUGUGUUUUAUUGACUAUGCAAAGGCAUUCGAUUGUGUGGAUCGUAACAAAUUAUGGAUAACAUUGUGAAGAAUGGGAAUUUCAGAACACUUAAUUGUGCUCAUGAGGAACCUUUACAUAGGUCAAGAGGCAGUUGUUCGGACAGAACAAGGGGAUACUGAUUGGUUUAAAGUCAUGAAAGGUGUGCUCCAGGGUUGUAUUCUUUCACCAUACCUAUUCAGUCUGUGUGCUGAACAAAUAAUCCGAGAAGCUGGAGUAUAUGAAGAAGAAUGGGGCAUCAGGAUUGGAGGAAGACUCAUUAACAAGCUGUAUUAUGCAGAUGACACAACCUUCCUUGCUGAAAGUGAAGAGGACUUGAAGCACUUACAAUGAAGAUCAAAGACCAGAACCUUCAGUAUGGAUUGCACCUCCACAUAAAGAAAACAAAAAUCCUCACACCUGGACCAAUGAGCAACUUCAUGAUAAACAGAGAAAAGAUUGAAGUUGUCAAGGAUUUCAUUUUACUUGGAUCCAUAAUCAACAGCCAUGGAAGCAGCAGUCAGGAAAUCAAAAGACCCAUUGCAUUGGGUAAAUCUGCUGCAAAGGACCUCUUUAAAGUGUUGAAGAACAAGGAUGUCACCUUGAAGACUAAGGUGUGCCUUACCCAAGCCAUGGUAUUUUCAGUCACAUCAUAUGCAUGUGAAAGCUGGACAAUGAAUAAGGAAGACCGAAGAAGAGUUGACGCCUUUGAAUUGUAGUGUUGCCGAAGAAUAUAAAAUAUACCAUGGACUGCCAAAAGAACGAACAAAUCUGGCUUGGAAGAAGUGUGGCCAGAAUGCUCCUUGGAAGCAAGGAUGGCGAGACUGCGUCUUACAUACUUUGGACAUGUUGUCAGGAGGGAUCAGUCUCUGGAGAAGGACACCAUGCUUGGCAAAGUAGAGGGUCAGCGGAAAAGAGGAAGACCCUUGACGAGGUGGAUUGACACAGUGGCUGCAACAAUGAGCUCAAGCAUAACAAUGAUUUUGAGGAUGGCUCAGGACCGGGCAGCGUUUCGUUCUGUUGUGGAUAGGGUCGCUAUGAGUCGGAACCGACUCGACGGCACCUAACAACAACAACAUAGAAUUUUUAAAAAACUUACUUUUGUGUGUUUUUAAACACCAGAAUGACACUCAUUGAAGUGAAUUUACAACAGCAUAUGAUUCUGCUUCAUUGUAGAAUUCUUUCUCCUCUCCAGCAUUCCAUUAUAUAGAUGUACAGUUGAUGAGAAUUUCUGCAUAAAGAAAACUACUUGUUUGACAGUAGAUCCCUUUUUGGAGGCAGUAUUUAAUUAUCAUCCUGCAGAGUAUCUUUUAGAGUAUUUUAGAGAAAUUCUGAGCUAAAGCUUUUUUCUUUUAUUUUUGAUAUUGAGACUUGAGUUUGGGAAAUACUUAGCAAGCCCACAUUAGCAGUUCUUGUUGAGGACAGGUUUCACUAAAUGGAGUGUACAGGGGAAAAUCGUGCUAGUAGUAGUCGAAUACACUGAAGGCACCAGACAGCUUACAAACCAUAGAGAACCAUCUGGGGCUAUGAGCUUUACCUAUAAAAUGCAAUGCUGGGAAUACAUAGAGAAGAGCGAUUUUACUUUUUAAAAUGUAGACUUGAUUCUCUAGAAAUGCAAAAAAUUUGAAAAGACUAUUUCAUCCAAUGUAUUGGUCCUUUAGAUAGUGGAUAGGCUAUUUUUGCCACCUUUUUGUUUUCCCUGUAUACAUGUAAGCUUAAAUGGAUACAUUGUUAUAACUUGUCAUAUUCUAAACUAAAUAUGUUAAAGCGGCAUCUCAAAUGCCUGAAGAUUUCUUACAACACUCAAAUUAAGUACUUUUUGUAUAAUGAGACAUCAGCCUGGUGUUAUUUCUAGGAUUUCAAAUUGGUUUGUUCCAGUUCGAACCCCUGCUGAGAAUUUGCACAUCCAUGCCAGAUAUACUGAAUCAGAAGCUAUGUUUUAACCAGAUCCCCCGUUGAUUCUCAUGUAUAACUUCCUGAGAACUUACUAGAAAUGCAAAUUUUCAGCAAGGAAUUUGUUAGAAAUGCAAAUUCUUGGCAGGGGUUUGAACUUGGUUAUUUUGUUUUUUUAAAAAAUUUGUUUACCCUAUUCCAUCUUGACUUAUGUGACAAUGCAUAAAAUGAGUCAUUUUUCAUGUGCCUUCUUUCAGAGUAAUGUCAAAUUUUAAAUAGACAUGUUUAAAUAAUUUAGAGUGUAGUAAUUUGUAUAUGUACUGUAGAUAAUAGUUAAGUGCUCUGUUAAUACGUGUCCUUUUAAAUACAAGGUAAAGCAAAGCAAUACAUUGUAUUGAUUUGUAUACUUUUUGUUUGCCAUAAAUCAAAGAAUUCAGUCCUAUAGAGGUAAAAAAUUUUGAUUGGGCAUUAUUAAAAUACAUUUAUUUGGAAGAUUGUAUUAUAAUAAAUGACAAAUGUACUGUAUCUAAAUAUCAUGUUCUUUUAAAAAAAUGUAAGGCCUACAAAUUCUCAAAAUCAGUUAAAUAUUUGAUUGUAAAUACAUAAAAAAAUUAGAUAAAAUAUGGUUAUAGUACUUAAAAAUACAAAAAAUUAAAUUCUUAAAAUAUGCAACCUAUCAUGCUAAAUCUGUAUAUGAUUUUGAGAAAUUGGUUUAAUAUAUAUCUCUUGGAUUAUUUGAUUAAAACUAGUAGCUAUAAUUUGAGUUCACAUUAUUUUUAAUUUUCAAUUGCUUUAUCGAUAGUAGAAAGCAAAAUUAAAAAAAAAACCCAAAUCCACCCAAUUUAAACAUUAAAAUCGAUACAUACUAGAAUUACUUUGCUAAUAGGUUUCUGGUUUUUUAAAAUCAUCCGUGAAUUCACUUCUGCUACAAAGAUUUUUUUUCUCCAACAUUUUAUUUAGAAACUCUUCAAAUGUAUGGAAAAAUCUGAAAGAAUUUUAUAGUGAACAUUCAUACCUGCCACCUCGAUUCUGCAAUUAGUAUUUUGAUACAUGUGCUUUAUUACAAAUUUGUCCAUCUAGCCAUCUAUCAAUCCACCUUAAAAAAGAAUUCUUUUUUUUAAAUUUUAUUUUUGGUGAAAACGCACAUCAAAACGUAACCCCCAUUUAACAAUUUCUGCACAUAUUGUAUAGUGACAUUGGUUACAUUCUUCACAUUGUGUCAGCAUUCUUGGUAUUUCUUCUCUAGUUGUUUCACUCCCAUUAAUGUAGACUCACUGACUCCCUAAACUUCUCAUCUGUGCUUUAGAAUUGCUGUUGUCCCUUUAGUCUCAAAGAUUAUAUAUAUAUAUAUAUGUUUGUAUGUAUACACACACACACAUGUUUUUUUUUUAAUUACAGUACUUAAGGAUGACAUUGUUUACUUUUUGAGCUAAACUGUGUUUUUGUUUAAAGAUGACUUCAGGGUAUAGUUUUGUCUCAAGGUUUGCAGAGUAUUCCAGGGCAAUAGUCUCCAGGGUUCCUCCAGCCUCAGUGGAUCCCAAAAGUCUGGAUUCUUUGGGAGUUUGAAGUAUUGUUCCACAUUUUUUCCCUUUCUUUUAGGAUCCACCUAUUGUGGCCCUGACUGAGGUGUUUGGUAAUGCUAGCCAGUUCUUCUGGUCUCAUGUUAGACGAAGCAGUGGUUCAUGGAGACUUAGUCCUGUAGUUUAGUUGCCUCUGAUUCUUGAGUUCCUUCUUCCUCUAUUGCUUCAGGCGGAUAGAGAGUCAAUCUACCUUUUUAAAAAAAUGUGUUUUAAAACAAAUUGUAGAUGUUAGUACACUUUAUCCCUAAACACUUAAGCAUGAAUAUUAUUAACUUGAGUUCAGUAUUUAUGUGUUUUUUUGGUGGGGGGGUAAAAUUUACAUACAGUGAAUUGCACAAAUCUUAAGUGUACCAUUUAAUGAGUUUUGACCAAUGAAUACACCAGUGUAACUUGGAUCCCUGUCAAGAUUUAGAAUGUUACAAUCACCCUAGGAAGUUUCCUCUCGCCCCUUCCUAGUCAAUUUCCAGGCACCCCAGGCAACCUUUGCUAUAAUUUUUAAGAAAUGAUAGAUUAGUGUUGUUCUAGAACUUCAUGUAAUUGGAAUCAUACAGUAUGUAUUCUUUGUUUCUGGUUUCUCUCACCUAUCUCAAGAUUUUUGAGAUUCAUCCCAUGUUGAACGAUACUGCGUUUAUCAGUAGUUCAUUCCUUUUUGUUGCUGAGCAGUAUUUUUUUAUUUUUAAAUACAUAAUGAUAUUUGUACUUAGUUGACAUUCAUUUUCUUUUAUUAAAGAAAAAACUGCAUUAUUAUGAGUUCUAAGGAGUUUGUGUAUUUUUUAGUGUAAUUAAAAACUAUGUUAAAAUCUUAAAUUUAUAUUGCAGUUACAUGAUACUGCCUAUUUAAAGUUCUGAUAAAACUCAAGAAAUACAAUCUGUAAGAGUAAUCACAUUUUUUAUUGAAUUUGAUUAUAUGACACAUUUUAAAUCAAUUGCUCCAUUGAAAACAAGGUGUGUAUCAAGAAUUGUUGAAGUAAAAUAAGAAUAUUCAAGGCCUGGGUAUGUUGAAAUAUGUAAUUAUCCAACCCUAGAGCAAAUAUGCUUUAUAAUAAUUCAUUAAGAUAAUAAUCACUAUUUAUUAAAAUGACAUCUUCCUCUUCCUCCUUUAUGGUUGCAUGGUUUUAAGCAUCAUCACCUUGUAAAUCUUACUAGUAAGACGUUUAAGUUUCUUGUCUGUGCGGACCAUUUUUUUGUUACUGAUUUGGUAAGUACGUUACAGGGUCAAGGGAGAAAUAGAGCAGAACCAAGUUUCAAAGUAAAAAUUACAGAGUGGAAUUGUAGGGGUAAUUAGUCUGAGUUUUAUGUACUAUAAUUAUUGCUAAUAUCCCGUAUUUGGUUAACUCCCAAUUACCUUUAUUCUACUUUUUGGAAUUAUUACCCUCUUCGUUUCCUGCCCCAUGGCUUACAUAAUUUCAAAUGGAACUAAAUAGCAAAGGGACAUUUAGGGAGCACUUACUACAUGGCAAGUACUGUUCUAAGCCUUUUACAUAUAUUAGCUAAUCUAAUGCCCAAUUCUAUGAGGUAGGUAUUAGUAUUACAUUAAUUUUACAGAUUCAUAAAUUGGCACAAAGUGGUUAAGUAACUUGCCCAGGGUUAUAUAGCUAGUAAGUGGCAGAUAUAAGGUUCAAACCCAUCCAGCCUAGCUCCAUAGCUCAUGCUCUUAUCCUCGACUGCUGCUGUUCUGCAAAAGAACGGGUAUAUCUAAGUCUGAGAGUCUUACAAUAUUUCAAAAUUAUAAUUUCUGAAUUCUCAAAAUUUAAUUAUUGCCCUUUUUAUUCAGCAUUUUUUUUGGGGUGUGGGGCGUGGAAGAUAGGCUUGGACAUUACAGUUUAUUCUUCUGGACCCCGGGAAUGCAAUAGGAUUUUUUACGUUGAGGGUGUUUUUCCCAGCCAUUUUGAUGAAGGUGUUCUUUUUACCUCCUUGUUAGAGCAAUCCUGAGCUAUUUUAAGGGGCAUUACAUUUUUCUUUUGUACAACCUAAUAAAAAAUGGCAAUAAUGAAAAAAUGCAGAAAGAUACGGCCCAUCUUUUAUUCAAUGUAUAAUGACUGCUAUUGUUAGAAAUAAUGCAAAAUGAAACAUUAAAAUUGGCUAAAAGUAACACCAUAAAAUUUGUUAGAAUCGAAAAACUAAUCAGAGCAUCUCAUCUUUUGUUAAUGCCGAAAAACUUAGAACUUAAUCUGGGAAAAUCAGAUUUGCUAAAACAACAAAAAUAACACAAGACAAUGACCACUUUCAAAAUUGGUCAGUUUUUUGGAUUAAAAUUGAUGGAUUAAUACAAUAUUGAUAAUAUUUAGAUAUGCAAAAUUUAACUCAGCCAAACUAGACUUGGUGAAAUUUUUUUUUUUUAAUUAAUUUUUAUUGUGCUUUAAGUGAAAGUUUACAAAGCAGGUCAGUCUCUCAUAAAAAAAUUUACAUACACCUUGCUAUACGCUCCUAAUUGCUCUCCCAAUAGUGAGAUAGCGCCGUCCUUCCCUCCACUCUCUCUCCUUGUGUCCAUUUGGGCAUUUUCUGGCCCCCUCUGUCCUCAUCUUUCCUCCAGACAGGAGAUGCCAACAUAGUCUCAUGUGUCUCCUUGAUCCAAGAAGCUCGUUCUUCACCAGUAUCAUUUUUCAUCCCAUAUUCCAGUCCAGUCCAUGUCUGAAGAGUUGGCUUUGGGAAUGGCUCCUGUCUUGGGCUAACAGAAGGUCUGGGGACCAUGGCCUCUGGGCUCCUGUUAGUCCCAGUCUGGCGAUUAAGUCUGGUCUUUUUAUGAGAAUUUGGGAUCCGUAUUGCACUAC